AUGACGUCAUGCCCUCAAAGAAGCCAAUACAUUCUAAGCGUUACCUCACAGCCAUAGACUACUAACCGAUGUUCUAAGUCACAUCUGCUCAUUAUUGGCGCGCGGCGGAGGACUGCGGGCGACCAUGGCUUCUAAUGACUUCCGGGUUGAUGUAGACCUGGCGUGUCGGGCCGCCGAUGACUUCAUAAAUCUGUAUUACGAAACCGUUGACAAGAGGAGAAGGCAACUCGUAAAACUCUAUAUGGAUACUGCAACUUUAGUUUGGAACGGCAAUCCGAUUUCUGGACAGAAUGCUCUUAUUGAAUUCUUUGAAAUGUUACCGUCAAGUGACUUUACAGUGAAUAUGGUCGACUGUCAACCAGUUCAUGAAACGGCUACUCAAGGCCAGAAGACUGUGCUGGUUGUUGCAAAUGGAGCUGUAAAAUUUGAAGGGAAUAAACGUCACUACUUUAACCAGAUUUUCCUCCUGACUCUGCAUACCACCCCAUCAAACAGCGUGUGGAAGAUUGCAAGCGACUGCUUCCGUUUUCAAGAUUGGGCCAACGCCUCAUAAAGCGUCACUUGGAGCUGGACUUUUUUUUUUUUUUUUUUUCGUGGAGGAUGUUUUGCUCGGAAGAAAAGACUCGAUUAUGAGAGAAGAUUUUGUUUCAGUAUAGCCGAUUUAAUAAAAAAAUAAAUAAAUACGGUAGUUGGUGUAUUUUUUUAUUUAUUUAUUUUUAUGUACUUUUACCCUCGGACAUUUGCUUAUAUUUUGUGUUUUGCUUUUCUUGUUAGUGUUUUGUAUAUGGUGUGAAUAUUUCAUGUAUUAUAAAUCAAAGACCACAUCGAAUUUUGUAACUGAGGUGGUAAUGUUUGAUCUCUAGGAGACAAAGCAAUAAAUGAAGAUACUGGCUAACGCCAGCUAUUUUGUUUACAA